AUGCAGGUCAGUGGCUCACCGUUCCUCAAGCCCUUCUUUCUGAAGACACCUGUCAGAGUGGUCAACCCCCUGCGACAGAGACGACACACACUCCCUGCCAGCGAGUUCAGGAACCUCACGCCGCAGGAUGCCAUCAGUGUAUUUGAAAUUGAGAGAGAAGCAUUUGUCUCUGUGUCCGGAGAGUGUCCACUUACCCUGGAUGAAGUGCUUAACUUCCUGGGUCAGUGCCCUGAGUUGUCACUGGGUUGGUUUGAGGAGGGACAGCUGGUAGCUUUCAUCAUUGGCUCUGGCUGGGACAAGGAGAGACUUUCACAGGAGGCAAUGACUCAGCAUGUCCCAGACACCCCCACUGUGCACAUCCAUGUGCUGUCAGUGCACCGUCACUGUCGCCAGCAAGGCAAGGGCUCCAUCCUGUUGUGGCGCUACUUGCAGUACCUGCGCUGUAUGCCGGGCCUCCGUCGAGCUUUGCUGAUUUGCGAGGACUUUCUGGUGCCCUUCUACCUCAAGGCUGGCUUUAAGAAGAAAGGACCAUCAGCCAUCUCUGUAUCCAACAUGAACUUCCAAGAGAUGGAGUACAUGCUCGGUGGGCAGGCAUACGCACGGCGGAACAGUGGCUGCUAGUCCAUUAGACCCUACCCCACCCUCACUUUCCACUUACUCACCUCUAACAUGGACUAACAGAAAUGAUGAACAAAAUACAGCUGACAGAUGGACAGAUAGAGGCGCAGAGCCAGUAUGCACCAGUGGACUGGGUUCAGUAUUGGUAACAAGGUCUUACUGGACCUCCUAGUGUCAGGACCUCGCAGUGUCCCACUGAACAAGGAGUGAAGACAGUGUGAGGACAGA